AUGCAGCAGAGAUCCAGUUAACCUGAAAUAUUUAACUAUUGUCCCUAUGAUGGGUAUAAAUUUACUACAACAGAUACUUCUUGCUUACUUUGCAAAAGAGUUAGAGGAAAUAUGACAAAAUAAAUCGAUCCACCAAAAAAGGCAGCUAAGAAAUGGAGCAAAGUACUUUACGAGCAGAGAGGACAUGAAGAUAACUAUUUUGAUGAAACAUUUCUAAGUUCUCUUGUGCAAAAAAACAAUAGAAGCAAUAUACAAUUACGAGAGGUAAUCGAAAAAACUUUAGAUGUGACUUGGGCAAUAAAUUUAGUUGCAAUAUUUCUGCUGAUUUUUCACUACAUGAAAUCUAGCAUUCUCUCUGAAGGCGUUUUGAUUUCAGUUGUAUUCAUUUCAAGCAUGGUUUGCACUUUCCUCUACAUAAUCAUAUCAAAAAAUAUCAUAAAGACAUAAACUAUUUUCAAAAACAUAAAGAGAACAUUAUUUUUGGUUUGUGCUCUUUUUUUCUUGUCUCCAAUAAUGAAAACAGUAAACGAAACAUACGCAGACAACACUACCUAUGCACUCUCUAUAGGCUUAAUUAUCUUCCAUUUGAUAUUUAAAGACUAUAGUGCUGAAAAUACAUGCAGUGUAAAAGAUUGGAAUUGUAAUUCUUCAACUUUAGCAGCAUAUGCUUUUUCAUCUUUUUUGGGAUCAAGAUUAAAUAAUGAUUUUUAAGUAUUUACUCUAUUAUUCAGCUUCUUGAUCUUGUUUUUCUACUCUUCCUUUUUUAAGAAAGAAGUCAAAGAUUUUUCAACCACUUUAUACAAGUCAUGGAAUUUCAUUUCAUCAGUUAUUCUAUUUUUUAUGAUUUUAAAUGUCUCAAAAAUCCUUGGAUUUUUGUUUUUAUUAGGUUAAAUCUUUAUAACUUUCAUUUGUCCUAUGUGGUUGAUUUGGCUUUAUUAAUACAAAAGGACAUUCCAUGGACCUUGGGAUUUACCAGAGGGUAUCCAAGUAAAGGAUUGA